UGAGGCAUCAGAGCUCCCCCAUGGAGAUUUGAAAGGGGAGGAACAAGAAGACGCCAAAAGAAAGAUCAAUGACGAGAGGGACGCUCCAGGAGAAACAUCUGAUGAAAGUGAAGAACAGCUGCACCAUAGCUUGAAAGACGAAAAACUAGAUACAGGUAUUCCUCAAGAGGAGAUAAAUCAGGGUGACGAUAACAACCACGAGGAUUCUCUUCAAAACAGCAAUAUUAAAAAGGACGACUCGGACGACGCGGACAAGAGGUCAGGGUUGCCAGCUAAACGUCAGGAUGACGGCUCUCCAAAAAAGCCUCACCGCAACGAGGGAGCAAAAGAAGAGGAGGCUUUCAGAGAAAAUGAAGAUGAAAAUGAAGAUCAAGAAAAAGAGCAAAAACCCGAAACAGAAAACUCAGUGGAUAGGGAGGAGGAAUUAGGAAACAAUGAAUCUAUUCGUAGCAGCGAAACGUGUGGCGAAAUAAACAACAAAGAUAAAGAUAAACAACAAUCUGAAGCACAAGCUGUCGAUGAAGACAGUAUCCCGAUGUCAGAGCAUUUCGAUGACACUAAAGAGGAAGACUCGGGGGAUAAUCAGACAGAGAACGAAAAUGGGUCGUCUCAAAUGGAUGGAGAUUCAAAAGGAGACAGGAGUGAAAAAAAUGCUCCUGGUAAUAUGAAAGAUGAAGGAACAACAGAGGAAGAAGCAUGCGAAGAAAGAGAUGGGACCGAUCCUAAAGUUUUGGCAAGCGAGGAGAAAGCUUGUAUUUUCAAGAAAGAUGCAGCAUGCCAAACUCUCGAUAAAAACGACGCGGUUACUACUGGCCAUGAAAUGGAAAAUAAAGAAGAUGAAGGAGGAACUCAUUCGGAGGAACGCCCACCUAGUCCUGAAGAAGCAAACCCAACAAUUCAACCCUCUCUUGAGUCAGGCGAAGAAGGUGAGAGCCUAGAGAGAAAUAAGGACGACAAAAACUCGGAGAAACCCGGUAGUGAGAACAUAGUUGAUUUUUCGGGAGAUGUCAACCAUACUGACUCCUGCGAUGCACAAUCCCGAACAGCAGACAAUGCUGUGGACGAUAGGUUAGAAUUGCAACGAAGCAAAUCUCCAGUUGACGACAAAGAUCUCAUAAGGCAGCUGGAUACAAGCAACAAAAUGCUACAUGAUAAAUUCAGUUUGCUUUGUGAAUUAGUAGGGAAAGAAUUUGUCGAAGAAAUUCCAGAACUUAAGAACGGGAAAGUAGAAGGUAAAGAUCUAUUACAAAAUAUGAAUGAUCUGUACGUGGAGAACGAACAACUUACAGAUGAACUGAAACAAGUCGAUGUUCAGAUAAGAGAACUUGCUGCAACAGGAAGUGAUUGGUCAGCAGAUCUUAACAAGCAACUGGAAAACGAGGAAAUUGAAGUGUUGCGCUCACUGGGAGAAAUUGAAAAAUGUUUAAGAAGGAAUGAUGAUAGAGAGCUAACCGAGCAUCUUCUGAAAGAAAAAGAGAACGUCUGUACAAAACUUGAUGAGAUUAGCAAUCUGUUAAAUGAACAGAAAGAAGCAAUGGUGGAGUUAGGAAGCAAGGAGGACAAGACGAUCUCUGGUCUCAUGUGUAAGAUGGAUGUUUUAAAAGAUGAUCUUAAUGAGAAAGCACAACAACUUGAAUAUAAAAGCAAGAUGCUAGAGGCAGCAAAGAAAGCGUCGGGAGAAGAAAACGAAGACUAUCAGAAAUCUUUGACUAGUCUGAAACUUCAGCUCGCAGCUUUAGAGGAAGGCAUUCCCGAAACCAAGAACAAUGGGUAUCCUGAAAGACAGAGUAAUGACGAAUUUCCUACUGAAAUGAUGUCACUUGUUAGAAGUAAUGCAGACACAGAAAAGAAGAGAGAAAAGCUUGAGAAGGAAAUAAAAAGGACGGAAAAUGAGAUUGAGAGAUGUAGCAGAAUGCUAGGAAAGAGGGUCAACAGAUUGAGGCCCUUUAAGAGAAAACUAGCACGAAUCAGGAACUCUCUUGAUUUAAUGGGCUUGCUACCAGGUAACGAGAGCGAAGACGUACCGAAAGAUCCGACGGAUCAUGUCGAUGACCUUGUACACAUUGACUCUAAGCACCUUUUGGUGGAUGAGAAACGACCUUUCGAUGAAGCCGAAGGUAUUAGAGAAAAAAAGGUAGAAAUAAAGACUGAGAGUGAAGAACUGGACUUAGCAAAUAAUAAAAUUGACUUGCCAUAUGAGCUUAAACAGGAACUUACCGAUAAUAUCACGACAGUUGAGAAAGUGGGCGUCGCUCAACGCUAUAAGGUCGCAGCUGAAGAGGAAUUACAAUGCCUGAAAGAAAAAAUCAAUGAAGAAGAAAGUAAACUGAGAGAGGCGGGCUUCAGCGAUCCAAUACAAAUUAUUCAGGCUUUGGAGGAAAAAGAAAAGUUAUCAAGAGAUAAAGUCAAGCUGGAUCAAUUGCUUAAGAAUAACUCAAUUCGUGUGGAUGAACACAACCCCGAAGUUAAACAGCUAGAGGUCCUCCUCUUGAAGAGAGAAAGUCUGAUGGAAAAGAUUCAUGCUCUAGAUGGUGAUAUUUUUCAAGAACAGCAAAAUUUCAUUAAUGCAAUGCAGUUCAAGAAGAAUGGGAAGAUAAAUAGAGAAUCAGACUCUAAUAUCAAGGGGCUUAUAGAGAGUAAAGAAAAUUUAAUUUCAGAACUAAAGGGUACCAAUGACAAGAUAUUGCAGAGUCUCAGCACAAGCGGUCUAAGAGGGCCACAAUCGGAAUUCAUAGAAGAGCUUGUUGAAAAAAAGGUUAAACUUGAAGACGAGAUAGAUAAACUUCAAGAUGCGAUAGACGAUGAAACAGCACGGGCAUCUGAGAUGUUGAUUGAUCUUCUUAAACAGAAAGCUGGAGUUGCCAGAGAUUUGAGAAUUGAUACAGAACAUGCAACGGACGUGGUACAGGGGUUACAAGAAAUAAUUGCUGAUCAUACCAACAAAAAAAAUGACGAGAGUAUUUCUGACGAAAUCCAAACAUUCGUUAUGGAAGCACGUUUAAUUCUUAGUGCAGAGGCAACACCGAUGGUCAAUGAGGAGAGAGAGGAACUGCGCCAAAAACAACAAUUGAUGGAAAACCUUGUCAAAGGAGAAGCUGAAAACCUUACAGAGGCAAAACGAAAGGGGCAAGAUCUUACUGAGAUCGAACGUGCUCUUAAACAUAUAAUUGAAGAGAAGUUACCUGUAGAUUCACGACUUAUGGGGAUGGAUGAGCUCGAUGCUAAAGAGGAUAGAUUUAAGUUACCUUCUAAACUGAGGAAACAGAAUGAGAAACAAGCAGAUGCUGAACAGCGAGCAAAAUGCCGAGAUGAUGAUAGCAACACUUCAAGGCUGCCGACCAUUGAUGAUGCACUGUUAGAAAAACCCAUUCAAGAGACCCAUGAAGAGCAGAACGAAAGAGGUGAAACAGAAGUACCUUUGUCUACAGUUGGUGAGAAAUGCGAGAAAGAGAUGGGCACUGGUAAAAUAGAACUGGGUGAAGAAAUCGAGGAAAAGCGAAGAGAACUAGAAGAAAGCCUUUCUCAAAUAGACAAUCGCCUCGAAGUCAUAUUGCUAGGUUGUGACCCUUCAAAUGAGCCCAAAACGGUUGUUCUUGAAGGAAUAACAACUCUGAUUGCCAAAAAGGCUAAGCUACAAGAAGACCUUCAACAAACUCAACGUUUUGAAGAUUUCCUGAAGCAAAUGGAAUUUUCCUCUGGGGAACAGUGCUCUGGCCCUGAAGCAAACAAAGACCGCCAUCAAAGAAAAAUACAGCUUGAAAGCGAUCUUAAAAAGCUGAAUGAUAUGAUUGAUGGUAGAGAAAGGAAAAUUGAAAAGAUAGAAGCGAAAAAAGACUCUAAGGAGGAACAAUUGAAGAAAUUAAGGCUCGAAAUAGGGGAAUUAGAUGAAAUAAUGAAACCUUUGAAGGAAAGGCUUAGAACUGCAAAGACAGAAGUAGAAGCUGCUUUGGAGGAAACGCAAGCUAACAUUAGUGAACAAGAGAAGCUCUCUGGCGAAGAACAGGUGGCACUACACCAAGAAUUGGACGUUUUACAGAAUGAGAUCGAACAAGGCAACCAGAAGUUACAAGAAGUAGAGGGACAAUUAGAUUUUCUCAAGAAAGAGGUCAAUGAAAGUAAUGAUUCCAUUCACGCGGACAUUCUUGACCUUAAAAAGUUGCUAGUUGAAAAAGAGGAUUUAAGAGAUUAUUUGGCCGAAAUCGAUAGAGCUCUUGAAAAUAACUACGAGAGCGAUUCGGAUGAACAGGAACGCCCGACCGAUAUUGAGGAACUUCGCGAAAAAAGAAAGGAACAAAAACGCCAUUUGGAUGAUUUGCAAAACAAAAAGGCAAAUUUACGCGUAGAAUUCGAAGACGAGGAAAUGAACGAAGUCAUGGAAGAUUUAAAACAGCAAAGGAGGGAACUUGAAGAGCGAAAAGAGCAAAUCUCUGACAAAAUACGCGGAUCAGGAAUAUUGAGCAAAUUAGCUGAAAAACUAGGGAAAAAUAGGAACUCAAUACCGCGCUAUUACAAUCACGAUAUUUUGGAAGAAAUGGCAAGAGAUGAAAAGACGCUAACAGAGCUGAUGAAAGAACGGCAGGAUUCAAAACUGGCUGCUCAAAGACAUAGCGAGAAUUUGAAAAAUAUGAUGGAUUUGCUGAGUUCUAAAAUUGGUGAAAAUCUUGUCAAUUCCCUCGCAACAGUUGAUCUUGAAGGAUACAAGCCGGAGGAUGAAAAUCAACACCAAGCAGUGAUCGACGAGAUACAAGCUAACGGGGUAACAAUCAGUGACAUACUCACUGAUAUGAACGAAGAAAAUCAACAACUCAGCGAUAUGAAUGGCGAACUUAAUUCAGAUUUGGAAACACUUAAAGAUAUGAUUGGUGAGGAGCUACUCGAUGUAUUGUUAAGUGAAAGACUACCAAGUGAAGCGGCAGAAUUUGCAGACGUUGUUGACGCGGUGCGGAACCGAGGAGAGACUUUGGAAAGUAUAUUGCGCGAUCAGAGAGGCAAAGAAGAAUUAGUUGGGGACAUGCUUGGUAACGACCUGUUACGUGAUAUCUUGAGUAUGGAAGACAAACCACACAUUAGACAGAGACCCAAUCCUCAUUCGAACAUUUCAGCUAUUACAAUCAUGAGAAAUUAUGGCGAGGAUCUUGAAAAUGUAAUCGGGGUGUACGAAAAAGAGCUGGAUAAUCUAUCCCAAGAAAAUAGCUUACUGAAGGAGAGACUGGGAAAAGAUCUUUCUAGAGCUCUCCUGCAAAUGGGUAAAACAAGUGAGACGCCUAUUAGUAUCAAAGAUACCGAACAGGAAAUGCCACCUGGGGUUCAAGACGUGAAAAGUGCGAGAGGGGAAGAGCUUGAACAGAAGACAUUGGUUGUAGAAAGUGAGUAUAGUAGUCUGGAAGAUGCAGAUACUGAUAUCACUGCUCUUGAAGAUACCGAAAGUGAAAUCAGAAAGAAAGGAAAAAAGAGAAGAAGAAGGAAGACGAAAGGGAAAGCUGGAUUUCAUGGUGCUCCUAAAAACGAGACUCUAGAAAAUAAAGACCACAAGAGUCAAACAAAUGCAAGCUUUUCUGAGGAAAUCCUGAAUGGAGAUAAAUAUAUAUUGGAAGAUACAGAACAAGAUAAAAGAUCAAGUAUUGAGCCAAAUGAUUUACCACCAGUACUAGAUAACAUUUUUGCAUCGCUUUUCGAUUCUUCAGCCGAUAGACACGUUCUUGAUUUGGCUUUCGAGGAAGAAGAAAUAAUAGAAAAACCACUCAAUGCACCGCUUAUAAUGAGAGCUAGUGGGAAAACACUCGAAGACGUCAUAGCUCAGUACGAAAGAACUAUUGAAAAACCAGUAGAGGAAAUAGGAGAGCAUGAAGCGAGGAUGGGAGCAGAAUCGCCAACAAGAGUGAAUGAAGCCAGAAUAGAAGAGUCAGACGACGUUAGUGUGACGAACGAAACAGUGGAGGGUAUCUUUGACGCUCAGAAGAAAAACAUGGAAAUGCUAAAUAUCCUGAGGGAAAGGCUUGGAACAGAUCUUGUUAAUGCCUUGAUCGAUGAUAAAGAAGGAGAUCACCUAGAUGAUCUUAUGAACGAUGAAGUUGAAGAAAACAACAUUGAGAUGCAUCAACAACAAUCUGAAAUCACCGACCAACAACAAGAGGACAGAAAGCCUCAAAGCGACGAAGCAGUAUUCUUACAAGAGGAAAGAAUCACGGACGUAAAGGGCGAUAAGGGAAUCGCAUCACAGAAAAACCAACCAGGGGAUGAUACCUCAAACAAGAAGGUUCUGAGGGCACCUAAUAUUGCACUGGAGAGUCAGAAAACUCUUGCUGAUGUUAUAGCAUCUUAUGAAGAUGGACUGGACUCUUUGCGGUCUAAAUUAGGACCAUCCUUGACAAACACUUUACUAGGUUUGGAAACACUGAGUACUAAGGAAAGAGGCGACCAAGAAGGGGCGAAAGUACCUCAAAUAGGUCUUGUAUAUGAAGAAAUGGACAAAGAGAGAGAAGACAAACCACAGGACGAAGACCUUCCAAAAGAAAACGAUAUUGCACUAUCGGGCAGAGGACCUGUACUAUUUAGCACUGAGGGAGUAAACAGUCUGGAAAAAGAAUUACGAGCACCUGAGCUAAUGGCAACGAGUGGAAAGACUCUUGAAGAGGUAAUAGAAGACUACGAAGACAGAAUUAAUGAAGAAAUUAACGAACUUCAGAGCCUAGUUAGCCUGUUGAAAGAAAAACUUGGCAACGACCUUUAUCAUACUCUAGUUCCGCAUUCGGGUUCCAGGGAUGAAGAGUCCUCAGGAAAAGACGAAACAGAUCAAGGAUUCCCGCACGAACGCCAUCCAAAAUCCCUUGAAAUAAAAAGUGGUGAAUGUGAAUAUGAUUUAAAAUCAAAAUCUUUGCUACAGGACGACGGUGAAACCGUGGAGAAUAUCUUGAGAAAGUACGAAAAACAGAUAGACGAACUUUCGAACCUAGUUACUGAUGAGAAUGAUGAGGGUGUCUCAAUUUUACCAGUGAUAUCAAAUGACGAAGACAGGAUGUCAGAUCUGGAAAAAGAAAACAAGGCAUUUGCACAUCGCUUUGCUGGUCUAGAGAAAGUGAUAGGGAGAAAUCUUCUGCACAAGUUGGAAAAUUUGGAAAACGAAGAUUGUCAAAAGAAAGAGGAAGUUGCUGAAAUAGGUCUGGAAGAUGACAUCAAGGCACCAAUAAUGAUGCAAAAGAAUGAUCAAACGCUUGAGAAGAUAGUAAAAAAUUACGAGAAGGAACUGGAAGCUUUGAGAAAACUAUAUUCAAACCAAGGCGAGGAUACUUGUGUGGAAGACAUUGUAAGAGACUAUGAAGAAAAAAUCGAUGAUCUUAAAAGCAAAAACAAGGAUGUCCACGAUAAUUACGACACACUGGCUAAUAGAGUUGGUACUGACCUAGUACAAGAUAUUUUGGCCUCAUUGCCUGAUGAGAAUCUUAAAUCCGAGAACGAAAUGGUUAAAUCCGAGAACGAAAUGGUUAAAGGAAACAACGCCAGUCAACUAAAUGCACCACUUAUCAUGAAAAGAGAUGUCGAUUCAUCUCUACAGGACGUUUUGGAAUUAUACGAGAAAGCUUUAGGACUCUUUCCGAGCUAUCCAAAUGACGAGAACUUUGUUAAUGUCAAGAUGCGUACAUUCGAUGACCUUAAGAGAGAAAAUGAGAUUUUAAAAAGAGCAAUCGGAGAUCAGGAGGCCACGGACCUGAGCCUAACGGCCAAAGAAGAAACUCAAGCCACACCUAUCACGAAACUUAAGCCCGAAUCUUUGAAAACCACAGACCGCUCAAGUAAGGAUGGCUGGGAUGACAAAUUCGUUUCUCUUGAAGAAGAGAGAUCUCAAGUUCCUAAACUUAUGCAAGACGAAGAUCCAACAAUCACAAAUGUCUUAAAUGAGAAAGAGAAAGAGAAAGAGGUGGAAACAGUGCAAAAACUACCUACUGGUCAGACAGAGGAGAGAGUCUCAAUAAGGGAGCCGAUGAAGGACCUCGAGGAUAGCAAUAAAGAAUUGGAAAACGAGAAGAGAAAGCUUCUAGAGAUGUUGCAUCACCUCGAAAAUCAAAUCGGACCUAACCUAACGGAUGACCUACAAAAUAUAAAUAAAAGUGACAAAGAGUCUGAUGGGACUGAUCUCGAUGGCACGAAGCGUUCGCGUUUAGAGGCCCCUAUUGUCAUGAAAGGUGAAAACAGAACAUUGGAAGACGUCCUGAGAAAUUACGAGAAAGAAUUAGAAGUCCUCCGAAAAAUGGUCCCAGACCAAGGAGGGGAGGGGGGUACCAUAUCAGGUAUCGUGAAAGACUAUGAGGACAAACUUGAAAGCCUCGCCAAUAGAAACAAUAGUCUCAAGGAUAGGUUGCGAGAACUUCGGGGAAAAAUUGGUGAUGAACUAUUUGAAGACCUUCAACCAGAGGUUCACAACCUUGAAGGAAUGGACGAGGGAGAGACCACCGAGAAAGAGGAAAAUGAUCAGAUGAAGACAAAGAGAGCCCUGAAGGCCAUUGAAAUAUUGAAUGAAUCUCAAAAGCCGUUAGAAGAUAUUGUGGCAAGGUAUGAAAAAGGUCUUGAGGAACUUAUAAGAGAAAACAAAGUAUAUAAGGAUGGUAUCGGUAAAGAUUUGGCGGAGGCUUUAUUGGUAAUGGCAGAAGAGGAGGACUGUCUUUCGUGUAAUAAAUUUGAUGCAAACGAACUGGAAGCUCGUUUUCUUCCAACUGAAGAUUUGUCAAACAAACGUAGGCCCACUAGUGAAAAUCAAGAUGUGAGAAAGAAAACGGAUACAUACACAAAGGACACACACCAGCCAUUACGAAGCGAACUUGACAAAGAUGAUACAAAAACAGGGUCGGAUGAUUUAAAAGCUAUUUCUCUUCUCAGAGACGAAGGAUUGACUCUUGAAGCCAUUUUAAAAAGAUACGAAAAAGAAUUGGAUGCACUCGGACAAAUUACUAUCGGAGAAAACGAAGAUGACGUUAACGUGGCUGACCUAAUUGCAAAUUUCCAAAAUACCAUCGAAAAAUUAGAAGACAAAGAAAAGAUCUUAAUGAAAAAGUUGCAGCAUUUCGAAGACACGGUCGGUGCAGACCUUUAUUCCUCGUUGGACAGUUUUAAGAAGGAAAGAGAAAAAGACGAUCAGAAAGAUGAUUCUUGCGAUGAGGAAAUGGACAUUAGCGUUAUUAAUCUGAUGAAAUGUGAGGGGAAAAACUUAGAAGACGUCAUAAAAAACUACGAAAAAGAGCUGUUGGCAUUAAGGAAGCUGAUGCCUGGUGAAGAUAAUGAAAUAGCUGACAUUGUCAAAGAGUACGAAGGGAAAAUCAAAGACCUACAGGGAAAAAACAAGGAUCUGACACAUAUCCUUGAUAAUCUUGAAGACAAUAUCGGAAGCAGUCUUUUUGAAGACCUCAAAGGAGCAAAGAGGCCUUUAGAUGGUACAGAAAAGACAAGUAAGGAGCAAGAAAGUCCCAAGAAGCUGCAGACAAAGAAUAGGAGGGUAUUCCCCUUGGAAAAGCAGUUAGAGUUUUAUGAACAAGAUCUGGAUGAAAAGGAAAACGAAAAUAAAACUUUGAAGGCCUCUGUUGGGCCAAGGCUUGCCAAUUUUCUGUUAAAUUUAGCGGCAGAAAAGAAGACACCAUUGUUAAUUGAUUCAGAAGAGCAAUGUGCGGUCGACAGUAUAGACAGCAAAGAGCCAUUUACUUCGAUGUCACUGGAAAAAGGAUCAGACCGGGUGUUUCAGUCAUUUGACAACAAUAACAACGAUAAAGAGGACAUCAGCUCAAUUCCUGGCUCUGAUUAUUUGAAAGCUCAGUCACUCAUAAGAGAUGAAGGCAAGACUGUAGAAUAUGUAUUGGGAAAGUACGAAAAGGAGCUGGGAACAGUAUCAAAAAAACUAUCCUCUGACGAGGGAGUAUCGUUUCUUGACGUGGCCACAGACUGUGAAGAAAAGAUCAUUAAACUGGAAAAAGAAAACGACCACUUGUUAAGCAGGCUGAAGGACAUAGAGCUGAGAAUUGGAACCGCCCUUUUAGAUAAAAUAGAGGGGGGUGAGCAAGAGAAAGACUCAGUUCUUCAAAAUGAAAAAAAUGAAGACGAUGAUAUGGCGAAUACUUUAAAGGCUCCAGAGAUUAUGCAGAGUGAGGGAAAAACUCUAGAAAAUGUAAUUAACAGGUAUGAAAAGGAGCUCACUGCCCUAAGGAGUCUCGUACCAAGUGACGGAGAGGAAGUAGGUUCUAUAGCCGACAUCAUUAAAUCCUACGAAGAUAAGGUUGACCAGCUAAGAGCAGAAAGUGAGAGGCAGAGACUUGACUCAGACAGACUGAUACAACGGAUUGGGCCCAAACUUGUUGGAGAUAUUAAAAAACUGAACGAAAUUAGUAGUGAGGAAACCGAUGGUGACAUGCAAGAAGAUAAGAGCUCAGACCUCAGGUCAGAAAAACAAGACAAAGAUCUAAAGGUAACCAAGAUCAUGGAUGUAAAGAAGUCAACUUUGGAAGAUGUUUUAGAAACCUACGAGAGUGCCCUUGGAGCUCUCUUAAGUGAUGCCUUACCAUUCUCCGAUGAAUUAAACGAAGGGAAUAUCAUGGCUGAUUACAACAGCCCCAUCGAGAAAUUAAAGGAAGAAAACGAAAUUCUGAAAUGUCGCAUCGGUCCAACUCUGUCAAAACGACUAUUAGGUAUCACAAAGGACGAUAACUGCGGUGCUCGCAAUAAUGAAAACGAAGACGGAGAAACUGUGGAAACAAAAGACCCCUAUGUGGACAAGAGCAGAUUUUCGAAGAGCUCAACAUAUCAAAGGAGGCCUCAAAGUAAUGUUUUGUCGCCAGAAGAACUAAAAGCUGAAAUUUUCAUUGAGGAGGAAGGACAAACGAUAGAAGACAUCUUGAAAAAUUACGAGAAGGAGCUAGAAGUUCUGAAGUCCCUUGUUCCCGUCCAACCGGGAAAAUCAGUUGAGUCUAUCUCUGAUCUGGUGCUAAAAUAUGAGCGCGAGAUCGAUGCCUUAAAAAAUGAGGGUAGCAAUCUAACCAAUCGUUUAGGGUUCUUAGAGGAAAAACUCGGUCCAGAUCUCAUGGUUGACGUGGAAAAUCAAAAUUUGUCGAAGAGGGCUGAAAAUGACGACAGUUUUCAAGAGCUAAGGAAAAGUGAGCUUCAGGCUCCAAAGAUUAUGGCAGAGGAACAAAAAUCAUUAGAGACUGUUGUAAGUUGUUACGAGAAAGAACUCGAUGCCCUUCAUAAAUUAGUCUCUGACCAAGAGGACAGCCAACAAGUGUCAAUUUCAGACAUCAUCAAGGACUACGAAGAUCAACUCAAUGAAUUUAGAACCGAGAUUAAGGAUCUGAAACUAAAUUCCAGCGCCUUAAAUGACAGACUCGGUAUCAAUCUGGUUCGAGAAAUUGAGGGGCUAUUCGACGAAGGGGUAGACAGGGAUGAAUCUUCCGACGCUGCACGCAACCCUGGACAGAAAAAAGAAGCUUCCGAAUUAGAGAAACAGCUUAAAGCACCCAAAAUAAUGCAUAAGGACAAUAAAACACUAGAAAGUGUUCUUGCAACUUACGAGGAUGCACUUGGACUUUAUAUCAUUACUGCCGGUUCUCCGAACGAAGACUUGCACGAAGCAGAUGAUAUAGACACUCACUUGCGGAAUUACAAGGCCCUUAAAGAAGAAAACGAAGUCUUGAUUGGUGCACUAGGGGAGAACCUGACCCGGGACAUAGUGGAUGCGGCACCGACGGACCACCUUAGUUCCCAGGACAAAGUUCUAACUAAAUCAGAGGAGAAAUGUAGAACACCCUCCACCACGGAAAGACUAGACGGGCGGCCUUUAGAAAUGAAGGCCAAGGCUCUGAUGAGAGACAAUGGAAACACUAUUGAAGAUAUUUUGAAGAAAUAUGAAGAGGAUAUUGAAGCUCUCUCGAAGCUAGUUCCAUACGGGACUGGCGGCAGCUCUUUGAUUUCAGAACUUGUGAAAGACUACGAGGGGAAGUUGGAAAAUUUGCAAAUCGAGAAUAGGAGCCUAGAAAACCAGUUGAAAAGCCUGAGAAAGAGUAUUGGUCAAGAUCUUGCGAGAGACCUGGAAAAUCCAGUGCUGGAGGUGGAGAAGGGAGGAAAAGAUUUAAAAGCUCCCUUGAUAAUGCAGGAAGAGGGAAAAUCUUUAGAGAACAUCUUGAGAAAAUAUGAAAGAGAACUGAGAGCGUUCCGAGAAGCUGAUCCAGGUCAAGAGGAAAACACGCCCACGAUAACGAGUAUAGUCAAUGAAUAUGAAGACAAAAUUGAAGAAUUGAAAACCCAAUAUGAAAGCUUGAAGGAAGAAUCCAGCUCUCUUAAAGAAAGCAUUGGUCUGGAACUUGCAAAGGACGUCAUGUCAGUGAAGGUUGAAUUAAACUCCCCCGAGGAAGGGCACAGAUCAAUCAAAACACCAAAGUAUAAAGCUACCAAAAUCAUGCAAGAAAAGGAAACAACCUUAGAAGAUGUUCUGGAGUCAUACGAAGCAAUGUUAACUACAGAAUCUGGUGAUGUUGAAUUUUCAAGCGCUGAAAAAUGGGAAAUUUUGAGAGAAAAAGUUGGAUCUGAGCUCGUAAACGAAUUGUUGCUUCCUCCAAAAGAGACUGUGGGAAUUAAACAAAAGUGGGAAGCAGUCAUAAGAUUAAAGGAAGAGAACACAACCCUUGCAGAUAUUUUAGAGACCUAUGAAUCGGAGCUGGAGAGAUUAACGAGAGAAAAGAAUGCGAUUGAGGCGCUAGUCAAAGACGAUGAAAAUGAUGGUCAAUCUGCUCUCGACGUAAUUUCACAAUAUGAAGAUGAAAUCGAACAUUUAAAGAACAAGAAUAUAGAAAUGGAAAAUAAAUUGUCCACAUUGAUCGCAAGAAUGGGAGAUAACUUGGUCAACGACAUUCUCAGAUUGAGCUUUAAGGAGAAAACGAAGUUAAAGCCGCCAAUAAAAGCACUCAAGAUGAUGGAAGAUGAAGAAAAGCAACUUUCAACCAUUAUGCAGGAAUACGAAAAUGAGAUUGGAAAAUUGUCAAGAGAGAAUGAAACUCUCAAGACGAUCGCCAACACAGAACAUGGGAUUGACAAUGGUGAUUCGAUAACAAAUCUUGUCACAAAUUACGAAAUGAAAAUUCAAGAACUUGUCCAAGAAAAACAGGAUAUUGAAACGAACCUUGGUGUGUUAGCUGAUGGGGUAGGACGAGACGUGGCGAACGAAAUCUUAAACCCUAGUGAAGCAGAAGAAAUAUUACCUCUAAAUGCUCUUAGAAUAAUGAAUAACGAGCAAAAAACCCUGGCUGAGGUUACAAAACAAUACGAGAACAGUCUCGAGAGUUUGAAGAGAGAAAUUUCUGCCAUGCGUAAUCUUGUUUCCGAGGACACAGAAAAGUUAUCACUUGCAGACAAGAUAUCAGAAUAUGAAGAUGAGAUUUCAAACUUGAAAAACAAAGUUCGAGAACAAACUCUGUUGGAAAAGAAGAUCGGGAUGGACUUGGUGCAACAGCUUAAAACACUCGGCAAAAAUAGAGCUGAAGGGAUCGUCCUCAGGGCAGUGGAGGUCAUGGAGAGAAAAAACGAUACAUCCCUCGAGGAUAUUUUAAAAGACUACGAAAACGAACUAAAGGAGAAGGAUCACGAAAUCUUAACGCUUAAGGAACUGGUGUCCGGUGACAUACUAUCGAUUGCUACAUCCCAAGAAAGUGAAAUAGAUGAACUCAAGACCGUAAAUAAGAUCCUUGCCAAUGAGCUUGACGUGAUAUCUGAUAAAGUUGGUAGGGAACUUGUUAAUGAAAUAUUGAACACAUCGAAUAAAACACCGACAUCGCAAAGCAACCACGUUUACCAUAAUGCAGUCCGACGAAUGGAAGAUGAAGGAAAGUCACUCGCAGAUGUUUUAGACGAAUACGAAAAGGAAAUCGAAGCAAAGCAUAAUGAAAACGAGGAGCUCACCAAGAAAGAAGGUACACUUACAAAACUCUACCAUCAAGUCGGGAGCGAUCUCUUUAAUGAGAUUUUGAUGGACAAUCUCUCCGAGAGCUCUUGCACCGACAAACAGCCUCUUUUUGAAGCCUCGGCAUUGAUGGCGGAGAAAGAGGAGACCUUGGGAGAGGUUAUUCUCGGUUAUGAAAGAGAGUUAGACAAAGUUAAAAGGGAAAACGGCGCCCUUCGUGCAUUGACAGAGACGGAAGGUUUGGCCAAUAGUUCAGCCAUUGAAUUUUUUUCAGAAUAUGAGGAGAAAAUUCAAAAACUAAGCACUGAGAAUCUGGAGUCCAACAAAAGGCUGCAAAAACUAACUCUCACGGUGGGAGUGGAAUUGGCUGAACAAUUGCUGAAGUUACCGCACGGAGUAAAAAACGUUCCCCAGGAUCCUAUUAAUGACUUGCAGGCGUUGAAAACUGUCAAGGAAAAUCAAGUCACAUUAGCUAAUGUUCUGCAAAACUACGAAAAUAGACUAAAAGAAGACGAAAAUGUUGGCACUGGUCCAUUGGUGUUCAGAACGGCUCUGACAGAGGAAGUAAAAUUUGCUCAGUUAGUUCGUGUUGACGAAAAGGAGCCAAUAAUUACCAUUUCAGAAGGUGAAAGAAACCCAAAAUCUCCGUACCUGAAAGCUGAGGAAACGUUCACCUUGGAGAAGGGAACAGAACGCGAGGAAAUUCAAUCAAGCGACCAAAACCAGAUUCCAUCAGUCGUUAGUGAGAACGAAGCUUUACGCGUCAAAUUGAGACGGCUAUCUAAGAGAGUGGGAGCAGAACUUGCGGAGGAACUGAUGAGGUCAUUAGAGGACGAAAGUAAUGAUAUGAACGCCGCAGUCACUUUUGCUUCUGUUAGGGAGCUUGAUGCCUUUGAUGACGUUGUCACAGAGAGAGCGACAUUAGCCCAGGUGUUGGAAAGCUAUGAAAUGCAAUUGAAAAAAUCACGUCAGGUCGAAGUAGGUGAUUUGAGUGGGCCUGUGGUCGAAAGUCACAUUUCUACCGAGGAUUUAACACGUGUUAACUCGAAGCCCACUGACCAAAGCGCGAAUGCGAAUUUAACUAUGCCAAGCGGUCGACUUUUAGAGGAAGUCUGUCAAAUUAAUGACCACGACGAUUUUAACCAUUACGAGGUUCCCGAUCGUGAUAGUGCAAACUCGGUAGCAAGUGAAGAGAAAACAAGCGCUAGUGAUCAACAAAAGGACACGGACAACCGUGAAACGGCAGAUUUGUGUGAUAUGGAUAUCAGUGCGCUAGAAAACCUUAUUCCGAAGGAACCAAAAAUCAUGAUACCCAACGAAGAAUCUCUGCUACCAUUACAAGUUCAAGAAGUCAUAAACGAGGAAAUCGUAAGCGUGGAGAGAUCAAGGCAAGUGGAGCAUUUCAAUCUCGAGUACAUGGAUGAAAUAUUUAGUGAUAGUUUACCCGAGAAAAAUAAAGCCGUUCAGAGUGAAGUUCCAAUCUCAAAUUGGUCUGAAAAGUAUUUAGCAGAAGCAAAAGUAGCCACAGAAAGUGGAAAUGAAGAAGACGAUUUGGAUUGUUUGCAAAAUAGAAUAAAGGAGUUAGGGAGAGAGCUUGAGGAAGUAACUAUUUUAAAAGAGAAAUACGAAAAAGAUGUCCAAGAUUUGCUUCAAGACAUUGUUGAUCUGAAAAUGAAGCAGGCAGGCGAUGACGAAGGUGAAACGCCAGAGGAGACGCGGAAAAGGAUUAAAGAAGAAAUGGAGUUGAAGCAGGACAACAAACAACUUCAAGAAGACUUAAAAAGGGAAAAGAAGAGAAGAUUGUCCAUUGAAGAAAGCAAAAGGGAUUUGCUUGAUGAGCUAAACAGCUUGAUGAGAGAGAAGGAACUUCUCCUUAAACAACAAAGUGACGACAAAGAAAACGGAAAAUUAUUAGAAGAUAUGAUCAGCUUAAGGAAGAAGCUCGGAGAAUUCGACACAGAAAACAAACGUUUAAAGAAAGAAGUUAAGGAACUAAAAGAAGCAUUAAGCGAGGUAAUUGUCACUCACGAUGAAGAAAAAGAGAGAGUGUUGGAAGAGUGUGAAAAAGAGAAGUCAGAGAUGAUGGAAGAGCUGGUGGCCUCUAAACGUGAGCUCGAGUCCCAGCUUCAAGAGUUGUUUGCCAUGAAUGAUGACCUUAAAGGAACUAUUAGCAACCUUCAAGAGGAACUGAAAGAAUCAAGUGAAAGGUUCUCCACAGAAAUUGAUGUUCCAAACGAAAAUAUCGAAAGUGGAACCUCAAAAGGUGUCAGUCACGAAGACAAUGGCUUGUUAUCACAAACAUUAAAACAAGAAGGGGGAGAUCAGGAAACAAAACAAGGAAAGAGUCCAUCAACGGAGUUACAAAAUCUCGCAGAACAAUGGAAGACAGAAAGAGAUGAACUGCAAGAAAUGUUCAAGGUAGAAAAAGAAAGGCUACAAAAAACGUUUGAUGAUGAAUUGAAGAGAAAGCUAGCUGAAAAUGACGAGCAACACAAACAGAGAAAUGAAGAAAUGGCGACGGAAAUAAAUCGAAAGUUUUCUAUAGAGAAAAAGGAAAUAAAGGCGUCUGUUGAGAAGAAGAUAUACGAACAAUUUCUUGAAAAAAAUAUAGCAGCAGAAACCGACUUCCAUGAAAUUCUUUCUAAGAUCUUACAAGAACACUCUAAAGAAAUAGAAAACGUUGAGAUUGAUAUACUGAAAGCAGAGGAAAGAUUCCAGGAAGAUAAAAAUAAAUUGUUAGAACAAAACGAUAGUGAAAAAGAAGCCCUGAAGAAGAUGCACGAGGAAGAAAAGAAGGCUCUUGAAUCAACUAUUCAAAACCUUCUUAAAGAGGUAGUGAAAUUGAAACAGCAAAGAAAAGAAAUUAGACUGAUACACAAGAAAGAGAAAGAAACUAUGGAAGAAAUUUACGAACGGGAUAGGAUAAAGCUCAAGGAAGACUGGGAACUAUACAAAAGAGACUUAUUGAGCAAUCUUCAAGAAGACUUCGACAGCAAGUUGGCAAACGAGACGCAGAAGCAUGAGACAAAUUUGGAGGAUUUCAAAGAGCAGUUGGAAAAAUCCGAACAGAGGAGAAAAGAACUAGAAGAUCGUCUCAAAGGACGUGCCAUCGAUAGUGACAAGGCAAAAGUCUAUGAGGAUGAAAAAGGUGUUAGGAGUGGCCAAGAGGACGAGGCUUAUGGAAAGGAACUGAGGUCCGUAAAGAAAACCUUAGAGGAAGAAUAUGAUAAGAAACUGAAAGAGGAGAAACGUAAGUUUGAAGAAACACUGCAGGGCUUAAGGCGAGAAAUUGGAAACCUGCAAGAAAAGCGACGACUUAUUCAAGAUAAGAUAUACAACCAGGAUCCUUCCCUUGUAGACAGGAAUUUGGUAGAGAAAAGCAUUGCUAAUUACAAGAUGGAGAUACUGUCUAAAAUGGAAGAAGAAGUUGCACAAAAAAUAGCUCGAGAGAAAAAGUCUCUUGAGGAGACAAUCAGUGAACAACAGUUAGAAAUCGAUGAACUGAAGAGGCAACGCUGGGAGCUGAGGAACCAGUUGAGGCGAGAUCGUAGCAGGUUAGAAGAAGAGUUUGAACUAGAAAAGGAAAGAAUGGAAAACCAGUUCUUAAAGGAAAAGGAAGACCUGAAGAACAAGCUUGAGGCAAGAUUACAACGGGAGAUGACAAAGAGGACAGAAAAAGUCAAUAGGGCAAUAAGUCCCAUCUUUACCGAAUCCCCUUACAGCCCACAAGACUCCCCUAGGAGGCUGAGAUCGGAAAAUUUGGCCCUCAGAGACGACAAUCAACGCUUGGAGCUAGAAAUGAGGCAAUUAACGAGCCAACUGCAAACCUUGGAAUCCAACUUUCAAGAAAUCAUGUCUUCAGAAAGGACGAAGGUUGAAAAAAUGAAGAGAAUUCAAGAAAGAAUGCCCAAGAAGGUUACCUUCUCAGACGAGAUAGAAACAAGGAGCUUGGGUGACACCGCUAGUGAUCCUAACGAAACUGUGCUGCAAGAACUACGCCACAGAGAUUCUCAAGUCAGAGAAUUGUUGGAACAAAAACACUUUUAUGAGGAAGUUCUGUCUGAGCUCUGCGAAGAAGCUGGGCUCUUUGAACUUUACCAAAAUGUUGUAAUUUAACUGAAAUAAUAUCGAUAUUUUACUUGUGGAUGAAGGGCACAAUUCUACAUUGUAUAUAUUUUAGUUGUGUGUUAUUAUAUUGAUCACCAGCUCGUAAUUCCAGUGAUAUCGGAGCUAAGGUUAUUUUACCAAAUACUCAAACUUAGCUUUCAUUUGGCAAAAAAGCAAUGAUAACUAAAAUGUUUGUUAUCUACUUCAAGGAAGAUACACUUGUUUUGCUGAAAUCGCACCUGUGUGCAAGUAUUUGUUAUAAAAUGCGAGUAUACAAUUUUUUGUUAAAUUGCUAGACGUGCAACCUAACCAAAAUAAAUAGUACCGUUAACGUGAAACCUGUAGCGCGAGCAACUGAAAAUUGUAACCAUGCUUAGUUGUACAUUGUGCUUUCAUUAGUUUUUACCUUUAAAAAAAAUUAUUCCAGAAUUGACACUAAAAAGGAAAAAGGAAAGACACAGAAACUAAUU